AUGUCCAAUGGGAAAAGUUUCAAAUGUUUACAUGCAGUGGUUCCUAUGCCAAUCUUCAUUCUCCUCUUGUUCACCAUCAUCUUCAUCUAUAACCAUUCUUGGAUUCAAACUUAUCUUGUAAACUCUUCAUCUUUAUCAUCUUUGUCAUCAUUUUCAUCAGCAAGUUCUUUGUCAUCAAACACUGGUUUGAAAAACAAGUUAGAGUGUGAUAUAUCAAAGGGGGAAUGGAUUGGAGAUGAAGCUGCACCAUAUUACACCAACAACACUUGCUGGAUGAUUCAAGAACACCAGAACUGCAUGAAGAAUGGGAGGCCUGACAUGGACUUCUUGAAGUGGAGAUGGAAGCCAGAUGAUUGCGAGCUACUUCGUUUCGCACCCGAGAAGUUCUUGGAAAUUUUCCGGGGAAAGUCACUGGCUUUCGUCGGAGAUUCACUCACCAGGAAUCAAAUGCAGUCUUUGAUGUGCCUUUUGUCGAAGGUUGAGUACCCGAAGGAUGUCUCAAACUCGAGCGAUGAGAACUUCAGACGCAUGUACUACAAGACUUACAACUUCACCGUAUCGAUAUUCUGGUCUCCGUAUCUUGUGAAAGCUGAAGAGCCAAAAUCAGAAGGCUCGAUGAUAGAUCGAAUGUGGAAGCUUUAUCUUGAUGAAGUCGAUGAAAAUUGGGCAUCGAAAAUUGAUGAGUUCGACUAUGUGAUCGUCUCUGAUGGGACUUGGUUCACCCGGCCAUUGUUGUUCUAUGAGCAGAAGAGUAUCACAAAGUGUCAGUAUUGUGAGAUAGAGAGUGUUGAGCUGGUGACACUGAACUACUUCCAUAGAAUGGCCUUUAGAACAGCAUUGCAGGCCAUUAAUAAGUUGGAUAAAUAUAAAGGGGUGACCAUUGUGAGGACUAUUUCACCACCACAUUUUGAGAAUGGAGAGUGGGAUAAUGGAGGUGAUUGUGUUAGGACAAGACCAUUUGGGAGGAAUGAGACAGAGUUGCUGGAAGGGUAUGCAGAGAUGUACAGAAACCAAGUUGAAGAGCUUGAGAGAGCGAGGAUGGAGGGGGUGAAGAGAGGUCUAGAAUUCAGGUUGCUGGACAUGACCGGAGCUAUGUUGUUAAGGCCGGACGGGCACCCGAGCCGAUACAUGAGCGAAGGAGCAAAUGGUGGCAGCCAAAGCAAGCGCAGAGAUUGCGUGCAUUGGUGCCUGCCUGGUCCUGUUGAUGUGUGGAAUGAUAUGCUGUUUCAUAUGCUUCACAAAGCUGCAAAUUUGAUGUAG